GCGAUCCCCCGUUUAAGAGUGAGGUGGAGGAGGACAUUCCAGGAGAUGUCACCACAGAAAACCCCUGCAAAAACUCUGAGGGAAACUUCAUGUUAGCUCUAGAUUAUAAAGUGGAAGAUGAAGACAGCAUGCAGCACUUUUCAGCAGAAAGCCAUAUUACCUUUAAUGUACAUCCAGGAAUUCACAGUACAGAUCUGUCAUAUAAUCCUCCUAAUCAUGAGGAACCUUCUCCUGACCAAUCAAAGAUUGUUGCCACAAAUAUAGGUCAGAAAGGAGGUGAAAGGUUUCAGUGUGGUAAACAGUUCACUAAAAGCUCAAGUCUUUCUACACACAAAAGAAUUAACACAGGGGAGAAGCCAUACUCCUGUUCAGAAUGUGGAAAGUGCUUUACAGAGGAAUCAACUCUUGUUAUACAUGAGGGAAAUCACAUAGGGGAGAAGCCAUUUUCAUGUUCACAUUGUGGGAAGUGUUUUAAACGAAAAUCAAUUCUUGUUGCGCAUGUGAGAAUUCAUACAGGAGAGAAGCCAUAUUCAUGUUCAGAAUGUGGGAAAUGGUUUACACGAAAAUCAGAUCUUGUUACCCACAAGAGAAGUCACACAGGAGAGAAACCAUAUUCAUGCUCAGAAUGUGGGAAAUGUUUUACAUGGAAAUCAAAUCUUUCUAUACAUAAGCGAAGUCACACAGGGGAAAAGCUAUAUUCAUGUUCAGAAUGUGGGAAAUGUUUUACACAGAAAUCAAAUCUUAUUUCACAUGAGAAAAGUCAUGCAGGAGAGAAGCCAUUUUCAUGUUCAGAAUGUGGGAAAUGUUUUACACACAGAUCACAUCUUGUUAGACAUGAGAGAAUUCACACAGGAGAGAAACCAUAUUCCUGUUCAGAAUGUGGGAAAUGUUUUACACAUAAAUCAGAUCUUGCUAAACAUCAGAGAUUUCACACAGGAGAGAAACCAUAUUCAUGUUUAGAAUGUGGGAAAUGUUUUGCACAGAAAUCAGAUCUCGUUACACAUGAGAGAAUUCAUACAGGAGAGAAGCUAUAUUCAUGUUCAGAAUGUGGGAAAUGUUUUACACAAAAAUCUAAUCUUCUUACACAUGUGAGAUUUCACACAGGAGAGAAGCCAUAUUCAUGUUCUGAAUGUGAGAAAAGCUUUACACAUAAAUCAGAUCUUGUUAUACAUAAGAGAAGUCACACAGGAGAAAAGCCAUAUUCAUGUUCCAUAUGUGGGAAAUGCUUUACACAUAAAUCACAUCUUGUUAGACAUGAGAGAAUUCACACAGGAGAGAAACCGUAUUCAUGUUCAGAAUGUGAGAAAUGUUUUAGACGAAAAUCAGAUUUUGUUAAACAUGAGAGAUGUCACACAGGAGUGAAGCCAUAUUCAUGUUCAGAAUGUGGGAAAUGCUUUGCCCAGAAAGUAUGUCUUGUUACACAUAAGAGAUAUCACACAGGAGAGAAGCCAUAUUCAUGUUCAGAAUGUGGGAAAUGCUUUGUCCAGAAAGUAAGUCUUGUUACACAUAAGAGAUGUCACACAGGAGAGAAGCCAUAUUCAUGUUCAGAAUGUGGGAAAUGUUUCACACGGAAAUCAUAUCUUGUUAAACAUGAGAGAAUUCACACAGGAGAGAAACCAUAUUCGUGUUCAGAAUGUGGGAAAUGUUUUGCAAUUAAAUCAAAUCUUGUUAGACAUGAGAGAUGUCACACAGGAGUGAAAGCAUAUACAUGUUCAGAAUGUGGGAAAUGUUUCACACGGAAAUCAUAUCUUGUUAUACAUGAGAGAAGUCACACAGGAGAGAAAGCAUAUACAUGUUCAGAAUGUGGGAAAUGUUUUAGACAAAAAUCCAAUCUUGUUACACAUGAGCGAAUUCACACUGGGGAAAAGCCGUAUUCAUGUUCAGAAUGUGGGAAAUGUUUUACACAGAAAUCAAGUUUUCUAAAACAUAAGAGGAAUCACACAUGAGAGAAGC